AGCCCCAGCAUCACUGGGCGGGACCGCGGAGGGUUGGACUGCCAGCCUUUGGGCACUUCCGCCGGGCUCGGGUUUCCUUCGACUCGGCAUUUAAAUUGAGCUGCAGACCAUCAGCUGCUGCUACAUUCAGCGCUGAGCUGUGACAGAAAAUACCCCGUAGUGCUAAGCUUAACAAGCUGCUAGUUAUUAUUUUUGACACGAAGACGACAGAAGUACUUGCCGGUCCGGAGCAUAGACUGGUCCAGAGCAGGUCUGCGGCGUUUGGGGGACAGAGGAGCGGGAGCGGGUAGACAAUAACGGCGCUUGCUGACAGCAUCUCGGUGCAUCAUAUUUGGGAUUCCUCUGCUAGCUGCUGGACGAUAUUGAAUAGCCAACGUGAUGUUGGGCAUGAGCAGCAGGAUUUAGGCUUUUUGGGGAGCGUUUGUUUACUGAAAAGACAAGUAAACAAAAACAAAUUCAUUGUAUGUGGUGUUAUUUUGGCCAAGGAGCUCGAGUGGCCUGGACUUAAGGGGAUCAAUGGACUCGACGAUGAGAGGGUUUUGGGAGGCUCAGGUUUAACUUAUGGUUAAAUUAUACAACUAUUUUGAAAAUUGUAUUUAAUUUUUCACAUUAUAAGAUAGUAUUUGAUAAUAGACUUAAUAUUGGCUAACUAUUCCAUCAGGAAAAACCUUAGUAUUAUCAAUAACAGCAGUCAUCAAGUGUACCUGGACAGACUGAUGACCCAAACAGCAAAUUCAUCUUAAUUUUUAUGUGAGAUAUUAGAUUUUCACAAUUGAAGGAUUUGAAGAUAUUUGUCUAUUUUAAAAUUCCUUUCAGUAAAUUAUCAACUGGAGGACACAACAUAAUCAUUUCUUUAUACAAAGAAUUAUAGGUUGACCUUAUUAUUUACAUUUUUUUUUCUUCCUCAUAUCUGAGGAAAUAUCAGUUUUUAGCUUGACUUUGAAUCCUACAAGGACAUAACAAACAAAAGCAUCUUUUACAAGUUCCACAUAUUAGUGGCAUUAAUACUCCAAACAACAAACACCCAGUAACAAUGUUCAGCUGGCUUGGAACCGACGACAGGAGGAAGAAGGAUCCAGAAGUUUUUCAGACUGUCAGCGACGGACUGAAAAAACUCUACAAAACGAAACUCCUGCCACUGGAGGAGAGCUACAAGUUUCAUGAGUUCCACUCUCCAGCUCUGGAAGAUGCAGACUUUGACAACAAGCCCAUGGUCCUGCUGGUGGGACAGUACUCUACUGGCAAGACCAGCUUCAUACGCUACCUGUUGGAGCAGGAUUUUCCCGGAAUGCGGAUCGGCCCUGAACCCACCACAGAUUCCUUCAUCGCGGUGAUGCACGGCGACACAGAAGGUGUCAUCCCUGGCAAUGCCUUGGUGGUGGACCCCAAGAAGCCUUUCAGAAAGCUGAACGCGUUUGGAAAUGCAUUCCUCAACAGGUUUGUGUGUGCCCAGCUGCCUAACCCAGUGCUGGAGAGCAUCAGUGUGAUUGACACACCAGGAAUCCUGUCAGGAGAGAAACAGAGAAUUAGUCGAGGCUAUGACUUUGCGGCUGUCUUGGAGUGGUUUGCAGAGCGAGUCGAUAGGAUCAUAUUACUUUUUGACGCCCACAAAUUGGACAUCUCUGAUGAGUUCUCAGAGGUGAUAAAGGCCCUGAAGAACCAUGAGGACAAGAUCAGAGUUGUGCUGAACAAGGCUGACCAGAUAGAGACCCAGCAGUUGAUGCGAGUGUAUGGUGCCCUGAUGUGGUCGCUGGGGAAAAUAGUCAACACCCCUGAGGUGAUCCGUGUCUACAUCGGGUCCUUCUGGUCCCACCCUCUGCUCAUUCCUGACAACAGGAAGCUGUUUGAAGCAGAGGAGCAGGAUUUAUUCAAGGACAUCCAGUCUCUACCGAGGAACGCAGCGCUUAGAAAACUCAACGAUCUGAUCAAGAGAGCUAGAUUAGCAAAGGUCCAUGCCUACAUCAUCAGCGCGCUGAAGAAAGAGAUGCCCUCUGUGUUCGGCAAGGAGAACAAGAAGAAAGAACUGAUUGGCAGCCUAGCAGAUAUUUACAAACGCAUUGAAAGAGAGCAUCAGAUAUCACCUGGAGAUUUUCCUAAUCUGAAGAAGAUGCAGGACCAACUCCAAGCUCAGGAUCUCAACAAAUUCCAGCCUCUGAAGCCCAAACUGCUUGAGGCAGUGGAUGACAUGCUGGCCCACGACAUUGCUGGCUUAAUGGUCCUGGUCCGCCAAGAAGAAAACCAGCGUCCCAACCCAGUUGUGAAGGGCGGUGCGUUCGACGGCACUUUAGAUGGCCCAUUCGGACACGGGUACGGCGAAGGAGCCGGCGAGGGCAUUGACGAAGCAGAGUGGGUGGUUGCACGGGACAAGCCUGCUUACGACGAGAUCUUCUACACUUUGUCACCGGUCAACGGGAAGGUAACGGGAGCCAACGCCAAGAAGGAGAUGGUGAAGUCGAAACUGCCCAACACAGUCCUGGGAAAGAUCUGGAAGCUGGCAGAUAUCGAUAAGGAUGGGAUGCUUGAUGAUGAGGAGUUUGCGUUGGCAAAUCACCUGAUUAAAGUCAAACUUGAGGGACAUGAACUGCCGUCAGACCUGCCUGCACACCUGGUGCCUCCCUCUAAGAGGAAAAUAACAGAGUAAAUGUAAGAUUACGUCAUAGUCUGCACCCAAAACCUGUAAGUAGUCCCCCCUCCUCCACUCAGAGAUAAAUAUCCCAAUUUAAAUGAGUAUCAUGUAGCAUUAAAGCAAGGAACUUAACAUUCCCAGUUUCCUGAGCUCUGUUGCAGGCAUCUCUGCAUUUUAUGUCUUUUUUUUUAGUUGAGAGGCAAAUACUAGAGCAAAAUAUUUACUAACUGUCAAAUGAAAAUCAUGUAACUAGAAGUGAUAGAUUCAUUGCUACAAUUCUGCAGUGCUGAAAUUGUUCUUAGAAGGUUAGAUAAAAUUGAUCUUAAAAGAAGAGAAGUCUUAAGUUCAAGUCUUUAGUCCGCUGUCCUUUUUUAUUUGAGAGUAAGAAACUGAGAGUUGUUAGAAAAGAUGGGAGGACAGCCUGUAGGAGAUUUAGUCAAGAAAAAGAUUGAAGGAAGAAACACUGGAAUACAGAAAAAUGUAAAUGAAUACAAACUACUGGAAGAUAACGAGAGAGAUGCAACAAUGUGAAGACAAAAAAAGGAGAGUAAUCUUAUCUUGUCAGAAGACAGAGUACAAAAAUGCAAAUGCACACUUAAAAGUGACUAUACUUACAAAUAUUACUGUAUUAUUUUACUUUAUUAGCGAAGUUAAUGUAGUUUGACUGGGAAGAUGACAUUUCACAAUCCUUGUAUCUGGAAGUUUCUGGCAUGAACAAAUAUUCUGGCUUUUUCCCAUGAUGUAUUAUAAACAGCUACAAACACACACACACACACACAAAUACAAAUUGAUCACAGCUUUGGUUACAUGAUUUGUACACAGGGGAUAGAAUGGAAAAGGUUGGAGACCCCUAAUUUACAAAAGAAAGAUAAUAACCCAAACACCUUUUAAAAACUGUUUUCAGGUGUUGAUAUUUACGUGCGUUUUGUGUGUGUGCAUAAACUGGAGUUUAUGUCAUCACUGUUGUGAACUGCAGCAUCUGAAUUUGCCCACAAUGAUGAAGAACGAGUCUUUAAUGGAUACAAACAGGAUGAUGAGUGGUUUGUGUUUCUUUUGUUAAUCCUGAAGAGCUCUGAAUAUCAUAAACAUGAUUUGAAGUACUGUAAUGAAAGUACAAUGUUCUGGUUAUUCAUUGGCAACAUUGUGCGCUGGCCUCCUUCAGAUUUCAAUGUUGAGUGUUCACAGCUGUUCGUCGAAUAUGAUCACAUGUACCAGUGUUUUUAUUUGUAACAUAUGUAUUAGGUCUUACAUAUCUCACAGAUUACUAUGGCAGGACUAUUGCAUCUAAUCUAAUCUGGCAGUCCAGAUGGGGAUCACAGCUUUGUGUUUAUCAUGUGAUGCUAAUAAAAAUCUAAUCAGUAUCUUUCUUAAAGCUUUCUUUCUGAUUUUAACAGAAACAAAACUCAUGAAUGAUUCUAAUCCCUGUUUGAUUUGCUGUAGCGAUAUGCCAGUAUUUAUGUUGUGUAUAAACAUCACGUUAGGACCAUGUUUGUGGUUAAUCAGUGAGAGUUGUUACUGUAAGAUGUAACACUACCCUAACCACAUUUGGGAUUCCCAUAUAAUAAGAAACAAAUCACCUGUGUGUUUUUAUAAUGAGGCAGUAUUCAUCCCGCUACAGGAUUGACUUAAUCGUUCCAGUGUUUUUUCAUUUUGCCCUCCCUGUAUCUCUGUACUGUUACUGUGAAUCUACUGUACAUAUCAAAGACUGUUUGCAUUCCAUGAACACAGGCUGAGAAAUCAUGCGCAUCAUCUUUGGCGCUUUGCUAGCUCAGAUUUCACAACCAAACCACAUCAGAUCAACAAGAUUUACAUAAGACGGAUGCUUCAGUGUGGACUCUAUUCAAAACAAAUUCCUUCACAGUAACAAGCUGUCUUCAAACUUGUGAUUGCAGGAUAACAAGUCCUGUGUAAUGGGAAAAAAUGUGUUCUGGUGUUGUUUCUGUUCUGAGAUGGUUUCCCAUUGCAAGAUCUGUACUUCACUGCUUUUCUGUCAAAAUAUACAACAGUCCAAAAGUGUAAUAAAAUUCAUUUAUUCGA